AAUCAAACAUUCCGACAGGUUUAAUUGUGUCGCCUGCAUGCGGUGUUUUCUUUUGUUAUCGUUUGAUUUUGUUUGUACCCAGAUUAAUAAAUUUAUUACACCUAUAUCUAGCAAGCAAACAAGAUAAACAUUUACGUACGUUUUCAAUAUCAUUAUUGAUAGUUAAAUGUAAAUAGUUGACAUAAAAGUGUUACAACGGGAUAUAAAAUGUAGCUGACACCUGAUGAUGUAAGAUGCAACAAUCUGUUGUAACGAUAUUUCUCAUUGGCUUCGUGGUAUGUGUGACAUCACGUCAUGUGAUAAGAGAAGCACCUGUUCCGAAGUACACCGGAAUCCGGAUAAUAGACGGGUUGUGUAUGAAUGUUCGGACAGACAGACUGGUGUACAGAUACAAGAAUGAUUCGUAUGUCUACAUAGCCUUUGAUAUACUGAAAACCGGAAUGGUUGACGUGUUUUCAUGGACAAUCGUAAGCACUACAAAGGGGACGUUUAUUUCGUCAAAAAUGAAGAAAGAAAAGGUGUUUGCCUUAGAUUUUAGAAAAGAUGUGAACAGGGAUCACGUGAUAGCUGCAACAAACAAACGUCACCAGAGGCGCUUUGAGCACCGAAUGGAACGCAAAAUGAAACACUGUCGCAAAAUAACGGAGAGAAAAAAGAAGCAUUGCAAACUGACAUCGAUACAUUCUGUAUUUAGCCGAAUGGAAAUGAAGCACGUGACAUUUGGUACAAAACCUGAAGAUUGUAAAACUUAAAGAGCUGGAGUUCUAAAACUUGCAAACCAGUUUCAAGUGCAUAUUUGAUAUUGCAACAUUGUGACAUGAGUUGUUCGUUGCAAAAAUAAUUGUGUCUUACCAAAUCAGAAAAAUAUCUGCUUCUUCAAGUUUUUAUUGUAGCGAGUUUUAUAUAACAAUCAUAUUAUACUGAUACUAACUUUGAAAUAUAUAGUGUUUAUAAAACAAACUGUGUUACCGAUCUUUUUGACGUAAUGUUUUUUCUUCUUCUAAAAAGCAGUAUAAUAAACUUAUAUUCAUUAAAGAAAAUAGAGUUCA